UCUCACCACGCUCGCUGCGAUGUAAAAGCCUAGAAACAUCUCCUCCGAUCACCAUUCCAUUAGGCCCAGCCCAUAGUCCACACUGCGAGAGAGAGAGAGUCACAGACCGAGAGAGGGAAAUGACAGAAAGAUAGACAGAUACCGAGAGAGGAAAAGAGAGUGGAAGAGAAAGGGGUCUGUCCCACACUCGGCCGGACUGUGACGUAAGCCACCGGAAUAAGCAAAGAGCGGCAAAUCGAUCAUCGAUUGGACCCAAAACCAAUCUGUUCGUUCAUUCAUAGUGACAGAGGAUGCGAUGUGGAUUCUUCAUUCAUUUCUGAAUAGACUUCAUUGUUGCAGCGUUUAGACUGCGCCAGGUGAAUCGUUCGCGAGACAACAACAUUUAUAAAGUGCACUUGGACUAAAAGUCAGGUUUGCAAUAUUCAACGGCAUACAACAUAAAUAGAUCUUCGCACAGCAUUCUUUGCUCAGGCUAAAAGGAACCUUAAUUAUGCAAAAUUCUUGAACAGGGCAAAAGCAAGAAAACGCUAUUGCAGGCAAAUCGUGAAGAUAAGAUAUAGAUUUAGAAGCAAAGGAUUCUUUGGCUUCACAAGUGAUUUAACGUGAAAUUCUGAGGUGGCAAAAAUGUAUUUCAGAACAUGCAGACCUGAACCGUGAUGUGGCCUUGAACAACAACACCAAAAUCGCCUGGAGCUCCCCAGGGACCGCCAGCCAGUAUCUGCAAGCAGCAAGACGUGUGGAAAUGGUGUGAGUGAAACUACCACGAUAUAGGUUACUCACCAGCGUGUUUGGUGUAGCGGUGAGGCCCUUUCCAGUCACCAUGGGGGGUCGCAAAGACCUCGCGAGCAAAAGACAGCUGUCUAUGAUUGAGGAGACGGACGAUGGAGACACGACGAGAGAACAGAACGAUAGGACCAACGUGUACGUACCCUGCAUUGGUGAUAACAGCAACAACAACAACAAAAGCACCAGCAGCAGCAACAACAGCAGCAACAGCAGCAGCAACAGCAGAUGCAACAGCAGCAAUAUUGAAAAGAGCGGUACUGCCCAGAAAAAGAACACAGAUGACGAAAAUAACGAAGCUACGGCCGACUCAAAGAUGAAGUUAGUCAAGAAUAAGGACGGUGCCGACGCGUUUGAUGAAGAGUCGAAAGUAAACGAGAAGACGAAAUCCGGACUUCAAAUCAACGAAACAUGUCAAGCGUUGUUGCCAAAUGUGCACAUCGCUGAAAAACACAUCCCGUCUCUGUCCUUGAUACGUCACGUUAGCGUCCUGCCCACAGUCUCCGAGUGUUGGGAGGGGCACAAAGAAGACUCGAACUGCAACCUUCUGGAGGUGUCGGAUCUGACUAGCGAUUUAAACCAUUAUAAUACCAUUGAGGACUGCCCACGCUUUUGCUGGGGCCAAAAUGUAGCGUAUGAGACUGAAGUGACGAGCUUUCGAGGUGAAGAACCGGUUAUGAAUGCAAAAGUAACCGAUACUUUAACGUCAGAUAAUGGUAACUGUUUGGAGAUAAACCCAGUUUGUGAACGCAAGGAAAAGGAAAAAAUUGAAGACAAGUUCCAGAAUUUGAUUCAGUCAUUGGAGGAUGAAAAUUCAGAGGGUUCAAAGAGGCCUUACACCCAUCUACAACCGGAUGAUCUGGUAUCAGAACCGGUUCUCACAGCUCUAGCUCAGAGCCGGGUGGAGUGCCAGCCGGAGAAAGUGGAUAACAUAAUUAUAGCGUUCAAAGAGAAGUUUGCUCAACCCAAUGCCAAGCGCCAACCGGUUCGACAGAAAAGCAGACGCACACUCGAGUUGGAAAAACGGGAAGCUGCUGAGGAUGGACACAGUAAUUCUGUAGAAAGCUCAGCGUUAACGGCACCAGAGAAUAUCAGUUCCGCAGAAAAAGGUGUACCCAGUGAAGUUGAAAGUACAAGUCCGGAAUUUGCCGAAUUUGACAAUCCACUAGCAGAUAAAGAUUUGCUUUUUGUGACUGAGAGACAGGAAGAUCCUGCUUCGCGCGUGAAAGAAGAAAAACUUGACGGCCUGUUUAGUGCUGAAGAAAAUAUUACUGAGGAACUGAACGAAUGUUCUGGAGAAAUUUUAGAUAUCGGAGCUCCUAUCAAUGGAGAAGAAGCGUCGCUUUGUGUGAGGUCAGAUUUUUCCUAUCAGUCGAAUGUUCCGGUUGGAGAAAGUAUUGGUGGUUUUCCAUUUGAAACGAAUGCCGAUAUUAAUGUGGAGAAAGAAACUUCUGGGGAGAUUUCCCCAUUUGAAGUUUGUUUGCUAGAGGAAGCGGCAUCUUUCGACACGUCACAGUGUGGCAGCGAACACACCAUAUCAGAGUCAGAGGAAAAACACCGCCCUGCUUCCAAAGCAGAACAAGAUGUCUUUGGGUUCGAGAAUGGCAAUUUUGAGAAAAAAUCCCAUUUGAAAAUGUUCUCGGUUGAGGAUGAGCCUUUAUCUUAUGCAAGUUCACAAUCUGUCGACAGAAUGACCAUCCUUGAGGAGGGAAAACUGCUUCCUUCUCAGUCAGGCAAUCAAGUCGAAUUCGACGAUAAAUGUCCAGCGAAUACGUCCCACAUUGAAAUUGAGAACGAAUGCUCUUACAAAUCGCACGUCGAAAACGAAAUCAGAUCUUCGAAUAAAACUUGUUGUGUCGAGUUUGAGAACGAAGGUUCAGAUAAAAUCCCUAUCAAAUUCGACAACGGAUGGCUUGAUAACAUGCCUACCGAAUUGGAGACCAAAUGUUUCGAUAAAAUUCCUACCGAAUUCGACAACAGGUGUUUUGACAGAGACUCUCUUGAAUUCAACAAUGAAUGUUCCGAUAAAAUCCGUGUCGAAUUCGAAGACAUGGAUUCUCAUAACACUCCUCGUGUUUCAUUCGAUAAGGAAUGUAAUGGAAAAACUCAAGAAAAACUGGAGAUGAUAAGUUCUGACACAACAUCUGAAGUCAAAUCUGAGAUGGGACCGUCAAAUGAAACUUCACAUUUGAGAGUUGAAAUGCAGGGCAAUGAAUUACCCAGGUCGUGCAAGUUACCUUCUGUGAGCGUCCCAAUCAUUUUGGUGGAAGAGGAAGGAUUAGAAGGAGGACCCAUUAUCGCACUCGCUGUUACCCCUACCUUCGUCAUCGCUUUUGACGUUGCCCCAAUCGCCUUUAUCUUCUUUAUCACCACAACCACUACAACCACCGUCAUCAUCAUCAUCAUCGUCACCAUCAUUAUCACCUUCAUCGUCGACAUCGCUGUUGCAAGUCCCCGUGAUCUCGGCUAUUUCCACGACCACGAAACUAGGUCAGGGUCAAUGUCACGGUCAGGCGAGUCGACCUCCCAUGUUACGUCACGUGUCGCAGCCCAAUCUGGGCACGCCGGGGGCCGGUUUACCUGGCACGUACAACUACAGCAACAGUACGUCAAGUAUUUGGAGUUUGCUCUGUUAGUCUAA